AUGGGUGAAUUAAUGAGAACGACCAGUUUUAGCAUUUUUGGCAAACAAAUUAGCAGUCAACUAAGCAUAUUUUAUGACGAAGACAUAGUUCAAAGUGAAUCAGUGAAAGCCUUACAAGAUUUUAUCUAUGGCGAUUUUCCUUGUACUGAUGAUGUGUGCCGGAAACACAUUGACACUAAUAAACCCCAAAUCACCAAUGAAUGUUGGGUGCCCAAUGAACUUUGUAAUCACUUUGAACAAAAAUCUAGUGACAUUAAAGUGGAAGAAAAAAUCCUCAACAAAAGAAAAAGGGAGCAUGAAGAUGUUUUGAAUAGAAUGCAAACAUGUUUUGUAAAAGUUAAUGUCAAUAUUGAAAAUGAAAUAAGGAAACAAUCGAGAUAUAUAAAACAAUAUUUAGAAAAUAUCUAUGAAGAGUGUGAGAAACGUUUAAUGAAAGAAUGCAGCUUAGAAAAUAACAUUAGAAAUUUAUCAGAAGAAACAUUUCUGCACGUGGAAAGGUAUGUGGCCAAAAAUACACGGAAUCGUAACAAAAAAGUGGAACUCUUCAUAUCAUUCCUAAUGGGCUUGGAACGUCACAGGAGUGAGAUAUUUAAAGGCCUUUUCAAAGAAGCCUACGCCACACUGAGUGAAACAUCAUAUUUGUUACCUUACAAACUUCAGGAAUAUUUUGAAUACGAGUUGCUGAAAAUUAAUCAAGUAACUUUAAAUAACUUUUAUUACUACAAUGAGCUUCAACACUUUUUGAAGUCAAUCAAUGAGAACGACUUAAGACAAUGGAUUCACCGUAUAGACAAGAUGAAACGAGAUUUCUUGUCGGAGAUCUUCAGACCAAAAUACAGAAGGAGCAAAAUUGAAUACAAGGAGUCACCUAAUAUAUCACGUGAAGUUAGUACUACUUCAAUAGGGUCAAAAUAUGACAUUAUUAGAGAAUUGGCAACUCAGGAGGAAAUUAAUAAGUUUAUUAGUGCAUCUGAAUCUCGUAUGAUGUCCUUAGGGUUUGAAGUCAACUCUUUGAUUUGUAUAAUGAAAGUACUCAACACGAGCAUCUUUUAUCGUUUCUUGAUGGAGAUUGAAGAAACUGCCAAUCGUAUGGCUCUUUUGAGAAAAUCUUUAUUUAUUACUAAAAGUGCCAAGCUGCCAUCGAUAAAGAAAACGUUGUUUCAAAACAUCAAAUACAAGCACGACCUCCGAAUAAUGAAAUACAUUUGGGAGUCGAGGUUUGCUGAAAUUGAAAAGGAUAUUGAAAACAGUAAACAGUUUGCAAAUGCCACAUCACUUCUUUGGGACCCACACUUCAGGCGAGUGGAAGAGUUACAGGAAAUCGUAAACUUGGAUCUUGAGAAUUUGCAAAGGAAAGACAGGGAACAAGCUGAAUCCGCAGAAAACAAGUUCAAUUUAGUCGUAGAUAAGUUACGACAACAACCAAACGAACAACAACUGAAGAAGACCUUAGAUGAAGCCUUCAAAAUUUUGAACUCACUGAACGCCAUGUAUGCAAAUCAUGAAAAAGCUGAACUUGCGACUGUAAACAAAUAUUUGGACUACAUUAACAUUGAAAUAGAUAUUCUACAAACUGAAAUUAAAAGGUUUCUAACAAGGUUUGUCAUUGAUCCAUUUUUUGACCCCAAAAACCAAAGGAAAAGGGCAAGCAAAACUGACUUGAUGGAAGACCCUGAUGAUGCCUUGGUGGGUAAUGCUGUCUAUUACUGUCAGUACGAAGCAAACCUUUUAAAAAACUGGGAGUUUGGGAUUUGGGAUGCCCUGAAUAAUUAUUGUGAAUCAUGCAGAAAAGAACUAAUGGACGAAGCACAAGAAUACGUUAACAAACUAAAGGGUAACAUCUUAGAAAAGAAGCUUUGGAGAGUUAAGUUUAACAAUACAAGAUUCGAGAGGAUUAAACACAUAAUAUAUGAUUUUCGUUUGGAAGAAAUAACUACACAUAAAGAAAGGUUGCAGCUUCAUGAACUAGGUGUUGAUAAAUACAUAGAAACAUUUAAGAAAAACCUUUUAACAACUUUUAACGACAAAGUUAAUGCAGUAAUAGCAAAUCAGAAAGACACCCUGACCCAAUAUUUGAAUAAUAUUAAAAAUCUAAACAAAUCUGGAGAAAUUUCUGUAUAUUUUUCGUGUGCCAACAAAAGCAAUUUGGUAGCAAAACAAAAGGUCCAGGAUAUUGUUGAUGAAUAUCGUAAUGAAUGUAGUGAAUUUGUUAAAAAUGUAAAAUACUCAAAUAUCCUGUUUAGAAAAGCCAUCAGAUUAUUCUCUGAGGGAGGCAAUUUUGUGCCUGAUGAAGUCAAAGACUUGCUCAAAAAACUCACCAAAAUUGAAAAGAAGGCUACCAAAGCCUCAGAGUCAGUACUUAAAGACAUCAAAAAACAACAUGGAAAGUUUGAGCAGUUGUUGACUGCUGAAUUCACAAAAAUAGAGCAAUCAGCAAGUGAUAAUACUAAAACGGUGCAGUUUGCUGGGAAAAUCCUUAAGACAAUAAAAAGUCUUCAAGAACAAAUUCGUAGCAACAUACUUCAGGUUAAAUUGGAGGUAAACACUCAAACUAACGUCAUUGAUACAAUUAAGACAAAAUUGGAUAACCAAUUUGGAAACCUGGCUUUCUUCGAUGAAUACAAGAAGGAAUUUGUUGAGUUGAUAGAAAAUAUUAAAGAUACAAAAAGGCGCUUGUGGCACACUGAGCCGGUCACUCCAAUAAAAAACAGUCUGUUGUGCAAUGAGAACGUUGGUGAGGAUGACGAGGAUAAAGACGACAAGUUGAGCCUCAAAUCAGACAACAUACGUCUCACAAAUUUUAUGCAAGCUUUAUUCGACAAAGAGCCCAAAGCAGUCAAGGAUGAUGACAAUUAUCUUUCGACGCUGAACAACUUGCUCUUCCGUAAUUUCAACGCCGUCCACAGGGAGGCUGAAGAAUUUUACAAAGGAUUAAACACAACAAAGAGUAGUGUGAAAGGUGAACCAACCACAGAAGGAAUCCCACCAACCCUCGAUGAUUUCAUGAUGGACGUCGUCAAAAAAUUUAAAUGCUUUCAACUUCAGUACGAAACUGAUUGGAUUGAUAAGGUGUAUACUUUUUAUAACGAUUUACAAGAUCUUAGUGAUUAUUUGAACAACUACAGAAAAGAGUUUGUUAGUAAAAUUUACACUAAUGGAGUUGUAAACUUAACCAACAAAUACAACUCCAUCAAACACGCUGCAGGUAAUGUGGUGGAAGUUACAGAAGCUGAUUACUUGAAGAUACAUGAAAAGCUGAAAGUAUUACACGGACACCCAAAGAAUAGAAACUUGCUGGAAAAGUUAAAUGAAGAAAUUUUGCAGUAUAAAUCUACUCAUGAGAAUACAAUGGAUGAUUUUCUUGUAAAAGAAAAGAAAAACUACAAAAAUUACUAUAAAGACGUGUGUGCUGAACUGGAUAAAACGUUUGACUUCUACGAGUCCCUAACAGAAGAAAUUGAGUUAUUUAAAAACUCCCCGCUGGACAUAAAAUUACAGGCUGACCGCAAAAUUGAAUUAACUGAAAAGGAAAUUGCUCAGAACGACGAAGAACUUGUGCCAGCACAAAACGAACGCCUUGCUAAUCGUUUGAAUAAAAUUUCAAGUAAGCUGUAUCAGAAAUCUGAGACCAGUAUUUACGAAGAAAGUGACUUUUCUCAGUUUAAAGAGGAUUAUCAAGAACUUUAUGACAUGCAUAGUGAAGAUGCUGGCAAUUUUGAAGACAACUUUUUACAAGUGCAUAACAAAUAUCAAGAGAUGUGGAAAUGGGACGUUAAAACAGUGUGUGACAAAUACACAGUUAAAUAUGAAUAAAAUGAAGAAAUAUAAUAUGAUUCAAAGAAGAAAAAAUUACCUAAAAAUUUGUGUUUCAGUCUUUAAAUUGUAUAAACAACAUUGGCUUGAACUUUUUUAUCUUAUAAAAUGACUUUACUUAUAA